CUACGCCUGCGCCGCCGCACCGCCCUGUUACGUCAUGACGUCAGCGCCGUCACCGCCGUCGCCGCGCUCACGAGUCUUUUCUUAAUAUCCUGGGUGAUAGCUGUAGAUGUUCACACAGAGGCUUCAGUCAUGGCCUUGGGUUUAAAGUGCUUCCGCUUGGUCCGCCCUGCCUUUUCCAGCUCCCUUGCAGCCUUGACCAGACCUGUUUCGGAAGUUAGACUGAAGACAGUGAGUGGAAAGCAAAACGACCAUGGGCAAUGCAUGGCCCAUCCAGCUGUACCAUCCCGUCAUUUUGCUACCAAGAAAGCCAAAGCCAAAGGGAAAGGACAGUCCCAAACCAGAGUGAAUCUUAACACUGCCUUGGUUGAGGAUAUAAUCAGGCUGGAAGAGGUGGAAGAAGAAAUGAAGUCUGUGUUGGAAGCACUCAAGGAUAAUUUCACCAAGACGGUCAACAUAAGGACUGCACCAGGAUCCCUCGAUCACAUCACUGUGGUAACUGCUGACGGGAACUUUGCUUUAAACCAGAUUGGCCAGAUCUCCAUGAAGUCGCCGCAGCUGAUUUUGGUGAACAUGGCCAGCUUCCCAGAGUGUACAGCUGCAGCUAUCAAGGCUAUAAGAGAAAGUGGAAUGAAUCUGAACCCAGAAAUGGAAGGGACGCUAAUUCGGGUACCCAUUCCCAAAGUAACCAGGGAGCACAGGGAAAUGCUGGCAAAACUGGCCAAACAGAACACCAACAAGGCCAAAGACUCUUUGCGGAAGGUUCGUAGCAACGCGCUGAAUAAGCUGAAGAAAUCGAAGGACAAGGCCUCAGAGGACACUAUUCGACUCAUAGAAAAACAGAUCAGCCAAAUGGCCGACGACACCGUCGCAGAGCUGGACAGGCACCUGGCGGUGAAGACCAAAGAGCUACUCGGAUGACAGUCCACGGGGGCGUCACUGGUGGGUCCCCUGGGUGGCAAAUUGACAUCUCUCUCCCUGUCCACACGGACGGCUGUCUCCAUGGCCCUGUCCGUCCUUGUGGGGCCCCACCUUCCAGUGGGACAGCCGGGCUUGCUGAUUCUCUUCCUCCUGUCCCCCUCCACCCCGCUGCCGCCCGGGCCCCUGGCAUUGGUGGGCCUUUGGAGAACGCCUGUUGCUGACAGACAGCCUUUACGCAGGGCAUCUGCCUGGACCAUGGUACUGCCAAACGCCCGGGGCCUCCGGCAGCGUCCAUCGGACUGACUGCCCCUUUUCUCGGGAGCCUCCUUUUCAAACAGACAGUCGGGCCCUGGCCCCAACUGUAAGCUUUGCCUGGGCGGGUGUGGGCCUUCACCUGCAACUGCCUUUGCUAGAGGCCCAUUUUCACUGAACAAUAAAGUCAAAAUGAAUUGGAAAGAAUAAAAACCACAA